UCAGGUUGGUUUUAUUUAGAGGCGGUGCCAUCGACCGGGGGAAGGCUGUGUGACAACGCUGGGUACGACUCUCCGAGGUCUAGGGUAGCGAGAAAGCAACAUUUUUUCCUGAUCCCGCCAUACUACCACCGCCACCAGUUUAAUCCAACACCAAACUCUUGUUAUAAUAAUUUUCAUCAAGGGGGUUUUGCAUUGGCCGAUUUUUUUUUCUCCCUCUCUGUUUCACAAGCGCUUCGCUCUCAGCUCUUCAGUUCGUGUUGCUGAGCAUACUGAGCGUAACUUUUUUCUUUUUUCUUUCUUCUUCUUAUUUUUUAUCAUUACCAGCAUUUCUCAUUUUAUUAUUGCGAACGACUAGUGUCUUUUUUAUUAUUUCGUUUUGUUUUAUUUUUAUUUUUUAUUUUUGCGGUUUGGGACCCGUAUCGUACUAUAGCCAUCCAUAAUGAACAAGCUGUACAUUGGGAAUCUGAGCGAAAGCGUGACACCCGAAGACUUGGAAAAAGUGUUUCAAGACUCGAAGAUUUCGUUCACCGGGCAGUUUUUGGUGAAAACUGGCUACGCGUUUGUCGAUUGCCCCGAUGACCAGUGGGCAAUGAAAGCCAUCGAGGCAUUUUCUGGGAAUGUGGAGCUCCACGGAAAACGCAUAGAAGUGGAACAUUCUGUCCCCAAAAAGCAAAGGACUCGUAAAAUCCAAAUCCGGAAUAUUCCCCCACACCUGCAAUGGGAGGUACUGGAUGGUCUGUUGGCCCAGUAUGGGACUGUGGAUAACUGUGAACAAGUGAACACAGAGAGCGAGACUGCCGUAGUUAACGCGACGUACGGAACGCGGGAUCAAGCCAGACAGGCGAUUCAGAAGCUGAACGGAUACCAGUUUGAGAACAACGCACUGCAGGUCUCCUACAUCCCUGACGAUCAGUCCGCGCAGGGGGGCCAGCAGGGGCCCGACAACGGGAAGAGGUCGGGGUACGGCUCCCGAGGGACGCCCAGACAGGGCUCCCCCGGAUCAGGGGGCCCCCACAAACAUCAGCACGCAGACAUCCCCCUGAGACUGCUUGUACCCACGCAGUACGUGGGGGCCAUCAUCGGGAAGGAGGGGGCCACCAUCAGGAACAUCACCAAACAGACCCAGAGCAAGAUCGACGUGCACCGCAAGGAGAACGCUGGCGCUGCUGAGAAGCCGAUCAGCGUCCACUCGACCCCCGAGGGCUGCUCUGCUGCUUGCAAGAUGGUCCUGGAGAUCAUGCACCAAGAGGCCAAGGACACCAAGACGGCGGAGGAGGUGCCCCUGAAGAUCCUUGCUCACAACAACUUUGUGGGGCGUCUGAUCGGCAAGGAGGGGAGGAACCUGAAGAAAGUGGAGCAGGACACUGACACCAAGAUCACCAUCUCACCGCUGCAGGACCUCACCCUGUAUAACCCCGAGCGCACCAUCACUGUGAAGGGCCCCAUCGAGGCGUGCUGCCAGGCCGAGGAGGAGAUAAUGAAGAAAGUGAGAGAGGCAUACGAAAAUGACAUUGCUGCCAUGAACCUCCAGGCCCACUUGAUCCCAGGUUUGAACCUCAACGCUCUGGGUCUUUUCCCCCCCUCUGCCACCUCUGGCGUACCUCCGCCACCACAAGGGAACUCAGCCGCCGCCGCCCCCUACGGGUCAUUCGGGCAGACCCCAGAGCAGGAGACAGUCCACGUGUUCAUCCCUGCACAGGCUGUGGGGGCCAUCAUCGGCAAGAAGGGCCAGCACAUCAAACAGCUGUCCCGCUUCGCAGGGGCCUCUAUCAAGAUCGCCCCCCCUGAGGCUCCAGACUCCAAGGUGAGGAUGGUGAUCAUUUCUGGACCUCCAGAGGCUCAGUUUAAGGCGCAGGGCCGGCUCUAUGGGAAGCUGAAGGAGGAGAAUUUCUUCGGCCCCAAAGAGGAGGUGAAGCUGGAGACGCACAUCAAGGUGGCAGCCUCGGCCGCGGGGAGGGUCAUCGGCAAGGGGGGCAAGACGGUGAACGAGCUCCAGAACCUCACCGCUGCGGAGGUGGUGGUCCCGAGAGAGCAGACCCCCGAUGAGAACGAGCAGGUCAUCGUCAAGAUCAUCGGACACUUCUAUGCCAGCCAGCUGGCACAGCGCAAGAUCAGAGACAUCCUGGCACAGGUGAAGCAGCAGCAGAAAGGAGGGUUCCACCAGCAUCACCAGCACUCCCAGCAAAUCCAGCACUCCCAGCAACAGCCUGAGGAGGAGGAGGCUGUGUCCCAGUCCCAACCCCCUCCUCCCCAGCCGCAGCAGCUUGAGCAGCAGGCGGGGCGGAGAAAGUGAGGCGACAGGGAGCAGGGAGAACACCGAGAGAGAGACAGAGAGAGAGAGAGAGAAACAAAGAACGAAAGAAAAAAAUGAAACCCUGCGAAAGAGAAAAUCCAAAUGAGUAAAUAGAGAAAGAGAGAUAGAAAAAAUAAGACAGAAAAGAAAAGAAAAUGGAAACCAGAUGCCAGGCCAAAGGAUGACUGGAAAUGAAAAAAAUUUAAAUGUUACAAAAUUAAAACUAAAUGCACUCCCUUAAUAAAAGUUAUAGCAAAGUGUAAUAAAGCAUAGAGAAAGCAUGGCAAAGCAUAGGCAAGCGUGGGAAAGCGUGUUUUAAAAAAAAAAACAUGGUAAAUGAUGGGAAAUGGUAAAAUGACCCUGCAAAUUUACUGCGGUAAACGUUUACAAGGGCACACAGACAGAGUGACCAGCGUGCUGUAGUUUGAUUCUGCAUGUACUGACUGACUUGACAGCUUUUGACAAACACAAAGUCUUGGAUACAUUUUUUUAUAUAUAUAAACACCAGCAAUAUAUUUGCUAUUGCUUGUGAUAUUAUUUUUCCUCUCCAUCUGAAUAUUUUUAAAUGUGUAUUAUCAAAUAUUCAAGUUUUAUUAUUAUACAUUUUGUAUUAUUAUUAAUACAAUUGUAUUAUUAUUUUUUUUAAUUCUGUUAUGAUCACAUGGUUUAUUGAAACCUUUAUUAAAAUAACAUUCAAAUAAAACAUGACUUUGAUGUUGUGAAAAAAGCUCUCAAUUAUGAACAUAAUGGUGGGGGGGGGGAUAUAUCCCCUUUCUAUAGUGUUCUGUAAGAAGUAAAUAAAAUGUCUUCAUUUCCAGUCAUUCUUCAUUUUAAAGGUGUUUUUCUUUUAAGAAUAUGUAUAUAAAGAGAUUAAACUAUUAUAUUAGAGCAAUGAGGAAACCUAGAAAGGUAAGAGAACAGGGGUUGCGUAGCUUGCGUUCGACAGUCUCGGUCGCUCUCUGUGCGUAAUGAUGUCAUCAGAAUGCCGAGCCCGCUGGUCACAUGACAAGGCAAGCGAGCAUGCGAGAGAGGAGGCGGCCAUUUAUACUUACCAUUGCCAACAAUUUCAACAUAUUUUAUUUAAAAAUAAUUAGCUGAAGCAACCGGCACGCUGUUAAGAUCAGAGACGUUGCAGACAGUUUAGAUGCCGUCAUCAGAUGCUAGCUAAAAAUGAACGAGCCAACUGUAGUGUAUGCGCACAGUGUUUGCAUUUAAGUGUGCUAUAAUGACGUAUAUAUAUAUAGAAUGAUCUUCUCUUCCUUGAACAAAGCGUGGAAACAGCAAGAAAGUUGUGAGGCCGGGAGUUUCCAGUAUUGUUAAGGGGAGGCUGCCCCCUGGCGGUGCGAUAGAGCAUUACUCCUGUGUUCGCACGCGGAGUUGUAUCUGAAGUUGGCAAACUGAGUAAUCUCUAGAAUGCGUUGUGUACACCAGCAUACAAAUAAUAACGAAGGAACAUGACAAAAAUCCAUAUAGUCUAAACUGUUCUACCCAUAUCUAUAUCAUUUUAGAAUUGGAACUCCACAUCAGAACUGUCUAUGUCACAGUGUUCUAGAACAUUCAUCUGUAAGUCACUUGAACUUUCACAUUUUACAGCAUCAGUCUGCCCGGCUAUUUCCACCAAGCUAUCUGAAGAAGGCGGAAGCCAAAACGUUGCAGCUAAUUAGUUACAGUACCUCUGGGGGCGAGUUUGCCCACUUCAGAAAAAAGAAACGCUGCUUGUUUUUUUUAAUUUUUAAUUUUAUUAUAAAACAUUUUAUAAGUGUUUAAACGCCUAACGCUUCCCCUGGAGAGAGAGGGAGAGAGAGAGAGAAGUGAAAAAAGAGGAGAGAGCGCACACCCUAAACUGCGCCGCUCAACCGUGCGGGUUUCGAGAGACGGAAGGGAGGAUAAGAGGGUGAGAAAGAAAGAACGAGAAAAGAAAAAAAAAACCUACCUCAAGGUGUAGUUACCUCAAUGUUUGUCCCUUACUUUUUUUUUUUUUUUUGCUUGCUGGUAUUUUAUAUAAAGCUGAUAGUCUUGAAUAUUUUAUUUUUUUAAAUAAAAAAGCGAGAGAGAGCGAUAGAAGGUAAUUUUUUUCUGUUUGUUUUACGUUGAGAUGAGCCACAGGGCUGCGCUAUACGUGUUAGGAAAGUCAGAUAUAAUAAUAUUAAUAACGUUUAUAAAAAGGUGCGGCGCGAGCUUGUGGAGGAUUUUUUUUUUUUUAAUUUUAAAAUAGGUCGGCCUUGCCUGUGGGGUUACGCGGAUACAGACGUGUCACUGUCACGGUACACAUUGCUAAAUGCACACAAGUAAGUCAUUUCAUUCGUGCUUCUACAAGUGUUCUGAGCGGAUCCAUCCAAAGUGGAGGCGAGGAUUUGAUACUGUAGACUCUACUUCACAUUAUUUUUGCCCCGUAGGGAUUUCUGUCCUUUGGAAAAGCGUGUAUAAAUGCAUAGAUGUUUUUCACAGUUUUAGCAACUUCUUGAAACCCACAGAGUUCAAACAAAGGGAAAUAAUUUCCAUUUGAAUCGUGCAUUUCCAUUGUGCGCUGUUGUGUGGUGUGCAGUGAUACUGCAUGAAGUAAGUCCAUCAUGUAAAUACAGUAUUUAAAAUGAGCGUGACGCGGACAGUCAGGUCAGACCGUUACCUCUCAUCCUCCAGACAACGAGGUUCUGUAAAGAAACAAACAAAAAAAAAGAUUUACAAAAUGACUAGCGAUAGCCUCGGUUUACGUCUUUCUUUUUUAAACAGAGGAAUUUAAAUGGGAUCAAACAAAUACAUGACUAUACGUAAAAACAAAAAAUGACUACAACAUACAAAGUAAACAAAACCUGUAUUGCCUAGUAUGACACGUAAAUAGCAGAGGAAAACAUCUCCAUCCACACCUGCUCCACCGAUCGCUUCUUUAAGAAACACACCGCCAUCGAGAAAGCACAGUAGCGUUUAAAUAUGUACCUUAUCAGAAGUUAGUCUAUUCCAUUAUUUGUGCUUCCGUUUUAUUUUUAUAUUUUUUUAAAGAGAAGGAUUAUCUAUCAUUCUGAGUAUUUUUUGGAGGGGGGGGGGGUGUCAUACAGACAGGCAGAUUUUUUUUUUUUUUUAAAUGGCCAAAUUGCAGAAGGCAUAAAAGGCCUAUAUACUAUAGUCCUGGUCAUCAUUAUUCAUGAGAUUUAUAGAAACUCCCAGAAGUGACGCUCGCAUGUGAUUACGUGCAAUCGUGCUGGAGUCAUGACAUGCGCCACCUACAGUGCCGGUCGUGUAAUGGCAGCUGUAGAGUGGAAACGCUCAAAUUCAGAAUUUGUGUUUUCUUUGUGCUAUACAAGUAUAAAUGAAACGAAGCAGACGAUUGUGACCACUAAAAAUGCGACUGGGAAAAUAUCAUUUCAUUUUACUAUAGCUUCUCACAAUACCAUUUUAAAUAAGUCAUUAUAAAUACAUUACAGAGCACUAAUAGUCCACACCACCCUGAAAUAGACUAAUAUAACAUUUAACCUUUUAUUCUACAUUCGACACUGCUACCAAUAAUACCUUGCAUCAUUAACGAGUUAUUGGUUGUUAUCCAACUAUUCAUCGGACUUAUGAAAACGGGUGUGUGUGAUCUUCAUGCAUAUUUGCUGUUAAUUACAAUAUAUUCUAAUUAUAAUUCUGACGUCUAAAGCGCACAGACUGUCUGGAGUGGUAAGUCAGGUCUUUACCAGAGAUCUACCUGUAUGUCCCGCCAAAAAUAAUCACAGAAUGUUAGGAUUGCCUGUCUUAAAGCCUCUAUAUAAAACUGCUCAUGCAACGGCACACACACAACUUAUUCAGACUUCGGCAUUUUAUUGUAUUUCUUUUAACGUUUUCUUUUUUCAUUCUGUUUUAAUUUUUUUUAUGUUGAACAGCAAGCGAUAUUCGGACAUCUGGUUAUAACAAGUGUUUCAUCAGCAUCAACCAAAAUCUCAAAAGAAAAAAAAAUCAAAGUAAAAAAAAAAAGUGCUAUUUGGAUUAAUAACAAAUAAUUGUAUAUGGGGAGGGGAGCGUGAGUGUGUGGGACACUGCAGCUCUCUCUUCUCUCUCUCUCUCUUCUCUCUAUCUCUCUCCUAUCUCUCUCUUCUCUAUCUGUCUCUCUCCUAUCUCUCUCUUUAUCUGUCUCUCUCCUAUCUCCUCUUUCUCUCCACUCUCUUUCUCUCUCCUCCCUCUGUCCUCUCUAUCUCCUCCCUCUCCUCUUUCUCUCCACUCUCUCUUUCUCUCUCCUCCCUCUCCUCUCUCUUCUCUCCUCUCUUUCUCCUCCCUCUCCUCUCUCUUCUCUCCUCUCUUUCUCCUCCCUCUCCUCUCUCUCCUCUCCUCUCUUUCUCCUCCCUCUCAUCUCUCUCUCUCUCUCUCUAGCAGUACGACGAUGGGGACCUCUUAACCCCUCUACAAAAUCGCCCCUCACCCGCUUCCUAAAUUUCUGUUUUCUUAGACUUCAGUCUUUUUUUCGGGGUGGUUAUUAUUAUUAUUAUUUUGUUUUAUUUUCAUUAUUUUUUCCGUUUGUUUUUGACAAUAUGGCACAGUAGAAUCGCUUUGCCGAAAUAAAACCAAUACACAAACACAAAUAUAAAUAUAUAUAAACCAUCAUUUUGUGUGUGUGCUAUAUAUAUAUAUACAAAAUGAUGGUUGAUUUUAAAGAUAUGAAAAAAGGUUACAUCAUCACAUGCAGUUUGAGCAAUCGUCUGUAUUUUGUCGUGUAUUUAACAAACUAAUUAUGUGACUUAAAAUGAACGAACCGAAAAGAGAUACGUAACAAAACAACGCAUCAGCCUAGCAGCUUUUUGAUUGACUGUCAUUUAAAACCGAUUCGCACACACCUCGAUUCAAUCAAUAUUAUUUUACAGUACAGCAACGGCGCUGUCGUGUAGGGCGCCUUAGGUAGAAGUUAGCCCAGUAAAAAGGCCAGGCUAGACCAGUUGUUUUGUCGUUUUGUCUAGUCUAGGGUUUCAGACUUAUCUAUUAAUAAACACCUCGGUACUUGUGUGUGUUUUUCACGAAGGGGGUGCAGCGUUUGUCACAGGUUCCCUGCUUUCAGAUGUGUUUGGUUAAGACAGUAUAGGAGUUAAUAUAUGUACAGUAUAGCUAAUGUUUUAUCUCAAUGAAAUACAUUGAUGGUAUCAUUUUUUAAAUAAAAACAUAUAUAGGCCUAUGUUAAAAGUAAAGCAAGGAUUUACAGCCGCCUGCGGGGAUGGGACUCCCUUUGCAUAGCAGUGUGCUCCAUUCCUGGUCUUAGUAUGAGUUUAAUAAGACCCCUCUGAGCUUACUGCCUAUUGUGUGGCUGGAAUGGGUGACACUGCUAUGCAGUACGGAGCCUUAUUUCCAUCCCUUGAGCCUCUUAUAGGAAGACUGGUGCAAAUGGCCUCGCUUUUCUUAGUUGUAUUAAGCACAUGCAUGCUCUCUGGUGAUGUUGAUAGAAUCACAAACUGCUACUUUUGCAAAGAACCAUAAAAAAUCGAGAAUGUCUUUUUUUAAUUUUUUGCUUGGUCCUUCAUCAUCACACUCUGACUGGAAUAGAGGGCAACGUCACUGUUAAAUCUUGUUUUUAUACAAACACCCAACACGACUGAAAGGCGUCACGCCGGACAGAAUGCAUUCAUUAAUUAAUACAACUACCUCAACACUUUUGUCAAAAGAUUGUUUAACACAAAUAAAUACAUAAAUAAAUUAACAAAAUAAUAAUAAUAAUGAAUCCUAACAUUUGCAAUAUCUUCUCUGCUACCAUGUCGUUUUUUUUUCUUUUGUUUUUUCUCAAAAACACACGCAAGAAUCCUGUUUUUUUUAAUAAUUUGUAUUUUAUUUUAUUAAUAUUAUUAUUAUUAUUAUUAUUUUGUAUUCCUCUCCGGGUUGGGUUUGUAAAAAAAAAAAAAAAAAAAAAAAAAAGUGCACAGGAGCGAGCGUGUGUCGACGCGAAGAGAAAAAUAUUACCGGGCCCGGUUGGGCGGGUCAAACGGAGUAAGGCGGAAAAUUCUCGAUUCUUAAGAUACAGCCAUUUUAAUUAUAUUCUAUAGAUCAGAGGAAGACCGCCAGUUAAGUGAACUCUCUGAGAUUUCAUGACUGAAGCGCCACGUCCUGUUAACUGGGGUAGCGAUGGUCAAAAUAUCCUGGGGGGGUUCAGAACGUUUCCCCGUUACAUCGCCAACUCCUCCCGCCCAAACUCUCUCCAAGCACGGCACAGACCCGCCUCGCACUUCCAAUCCAGCACGCACGAUUAGCUUUUUCUUUUCUUUCUUUGUUUUAACCAUUGAAAUGUUUUUGUUGAUCUACCUCUUAGGAUAUAAUAGCAAAAAAAAAUAGUAAUAACAAUAGCCUACUAAUUAAAAAGUAAAAAAAAAGAAGAAAUCGGUUAGUGGCAUUUAAAAAAAUAAAAUAAAAUGUACAAAUACUUUUAACUUCUUCCAAAGAUGAUUUUUGCUCCCCCCAUAACUAGAACAAAAAGUAAAAUAAUUAAAGAAAAAUGAGAAAAGUACUCGGUUUUAUUUCCCAUUUUCAUGUAGUCCUUCCUCAUUCGGUUCUUGCAUUUUAACCUCGAAUUCUUACACUUUUUGUAUUGAUUUUACAAUGAUGACAUGGGAUUGUAAUUCUUGUUUAAUUGUUGCAUUAGAAUAUUUCUUUCUCUGUAAACUAAGCUGGUAAAGGAUGUUUCAAUCAGCAUGUUAAUAAAAGAUCAACAAUAUUCAAAAGGAUUGUGAUAGGGUGCAGGGGCACGCCACGCGUGUUUUUUUCUUUCUUUCUUGAACCUGUUUUGUUUUAGUUCUACAGCAACACUUUUUAACUCCUUGUAAACAAACAACGCAUAGAAAACAAUGUGUUAAUAAAAACUUUAAAAAUAAA